CUGAUACAGUGUGUGUGGCUGUGCUGCACGUCCCAAGUAUCGUGUUAUUAUAGGAGGGGCAAGUGUAGCGGGUUGGUUUCCCUUCAAAAGCCUCUCCUCUCGCUCCUCACAGUCUCACUCAGCCAGGGUAGUUGAGCUGAAAGGACCGCGUCCAGCACCUCUCGACACCAUGGGACUCACACACGACCCAACCUUCCAGAAACUGGAGAAAUGGUACCAUGAACAUGCUCCGCACCUCAACAUGAGGAAGAUGUUUGAGGAAGACAAGGAGAGAUUCCACAAAUUCAGGUAUCUUUAUGGUUGACUUUUAUUUUGAAAAUGUCAGUGUUUAUUUGUUGAAGAUACACACAGUAUCCUUAUUCUCAAAAAAAAGUAUUACAUCAUCAGUGUAAAAUGGGAGUUCAAUUAAAAUGCUGUCCAUCAGAACAUGUUGUCUUCACUUCAGGCUAUUACCUCUAGACAUAGGCUAAAACCACAUAAUGUGUCAUCAUGAACAGACGCUAUUGGCAAUAAAAAACGACUGUACAAUUGGAGAUCUUUGCCAUUGCAUCACUGACAUAAUUCAGUAGUGCCUUUUAUCAGAGUAGCCUAUGGGCUUCCACACCAUAAAAAAUGCACAGCACUGUCACUGUAUGUAGACUUGUGGCUGAACUCUCUUCAUGUAUCGCUAGGGGGGUGCAGGUUUGUUGCCUGUCUGUAUUGCUGUCUGUAUUGUAAUAACCCUAACCUUCAUAAGUGCAUUACAAGCACUUCCACACACACAAGCAAACAGUAGAAUUGGGAUACCCUGCUUUCCUUAGGAUUAGAAAGAAGUGGGUUCAAGUUUCGAUUGGGCUACCACUCAAAUUCACUACAAAAUGCUUGUCGGAAGUUUACAUACACAUUAGCCAAAUACAUUUAAACUCAGUUUUUCACAAUUCCUGACAUUUAAUCCUAGUAAACAUUCCCUGUCUUAGGUCAGUUAGGAUCACCAAUUUAUUUUAAGAAUGUGAAAUGUCAGAAUAAUAGUAGAGAGAAUGAUUUAUUUCAGCUUUUAUUUCUUUCAUCACAUUCCCAGUGGGUCAGAAUUUUACAUACACUCAAUUAGUAUUUGGUAGCAUUGCCUUUCAAUUGUUUAACUUGGGUCAAACGUUUCAGGUAGCCUUCCACAAGCUUCCCACAAUAAGUUGGGUGAAUUUUGGCCCAUUCCACCUGACAAAGCUGGUGUAACUGAGUCAGGUUUGUAGGCCUCCUUGCUCGCACACGCUUUUUCAGUUCUGCCCACACAUUUUCUAUAGGAUUGAGGUCAGGGCUUUGUGAUGGCCACUCCAAUACCUUGACUUUGUUGUCCUUAAGCCAUUUUGCCACAACUUUGGAAGUAUGCUUGGGGUCAUUGUCCAUUUGGAAGACCCAUUUGCGACCAAGCUUUAACUUCCUGACUGAUGUCUUGAGAUGUUGCUUCAAUAUAUCCACAUAAUUUUCCUUCCUCAUGAUGCCAUCUAUUUUGUGAAGUGCACCAGUCCCUCCUGCAGCAAAGCACCCCCACAGCAUGAUGCUGCCACCCACGUGCUUCACGGUUGGGAUGGUGUUCUUCGGCUUGCAAGCACCCCUUUUUCCUCCAAACAUAACGAUGGUCAUUAUGGCCAAACAGUUAUAUUUUUGUUUCAUCAGACCAGAGGACAUUUCUCAAAAAAGUACGAUCUUUGUCCCCAUGUGCAGGUGCAAACCAUAGUCUGGCUUUUUUAUGGCGGUUUUGGAGCAGUGGCUUCUUCCUUGCUGAGCGGCCUUUCAGGUUAUGUCGAUAUAGGACUCGUUUUACUGUGGAUAUAGAUACUUUUGUACCUGUUUCCUCCAGCAUUUUCACAAGGUCCUUUGCUGUUGUUCUGGGAUUGAUUUGCACUUUUCGCACCAAAGUACGUUCAUCUCUAUGCGUCUCCUUCCUGAGCGGUAUGACGGCUGCGUGGUCCCAUGGUGUUUAUACUUGCGUACUAUUGUUUGAAUGUGGUACCUUCAGGCAUUUGGAAAUUGCUCCCAAGGAUGAACCAGACUUGUGGAGGUCUACCAUUUUUUUCUGAGGUCUUGGCUGAUUUCUUUUGAUUUUCCCAUGAUGUCAAGCAAAGAGGCACUGAGUUUAAAGGUAGGCCUUGAAAUACAUCCACAGGUACACCUCCAAUUGACUCAAAUGAUGUCAAUUAGCCUAUCAGAAGCUUCUAAAGCCAUGACAUCAUUUUCUGGAAUUUUCCAAGCUGUUUAAAGGCACAGUCAACUUAGUGUAUGUACACUUCUGACCCACUGGAAUUGUGAUACAGUGAAUUAUAAGUGAAAUAAUCUGUCUGUAAACAAUUGUUGGAAAAAUUACUUGUGUCAUGCACAAAGUAGAUGUCAUAACCGACUUGCCAAAACUAUAGUUUGUUACAAGACAUUUGUGGAGUGGUUGAAAAACAAGUUUUAAUGACUCCAACCUAAGUGUAUGUAAACUUCCGACUUCAACUGUAGAUUUGUUUCAUGGUAAAGGGCUGUUUGAUUUUGUAACUUGUGGGCAAAAGGUUAUUGAGUCUAUUGCCUAAAUCCAAUCCAGAAACAGACAGAAUGACAUAUAGAGUCCCUAAUUUAAUAGGAUCUCUGUGGAAACAGAUCUCUCACCCUGUCAAAUGUUCUGUGUCUGUACAGCACAACACUGAAGACUGAUCAUGGAGACAUUCUAAUUGAUUACUCUAAGAAUCUCAUCACUGAGGAUGUCAUGAAGAUGUUGGUCGAACUGGUAAAUGGCUGUUUAUCAUAAUGAUUCAAAUGACACAACAAUUACAAAUAGCCAUACUGUAGUUGGCAUUUACCUAUAGUCAUUACACUGUUAUGAAAUAUAAAGAAACAUUUAAUAGAGCCAGACAAAGUUAGCCUGAGUGCCAGUCAUUGUGCUCUCAUACCAACUAAUUGUCAUGCCAAACAUUGUCUUGACAAUGAGCAAUGGAGUAAGCAAGAGCACAAACAGAUCUGGGACCAGGCUAAGACAGAGUUGUAUUUACCAUGCAACUAAGCACCAAUGUCCUUAAGCCUAAGUGAUACAGUGAGGUUCAAACAUUAAUAAGCCUGGUGCUAAAAAUAAAUGACAAACUUUUAUCACACACAUCACACUUAUGCUUGGAUUUUAAAAAACGGUCUUCUUCUGCUGUGCGUCCAGUACCCUAUCAACCUUUCUGACAUGGAACGCCCAUUUGCCCACCAAUGGAUGUAUAUAUUUUUUCUCUAGGGUAAGUCGAGGGGGAUUGAGGCCGCCAGGGACAAGAUGUUCCAUGGGGACAAGAUCAACUUCACUGAGGUGCAUAUCUUAGCUUUAGCCAGAGCGUGUUUUAUUGUCAAUGUAAUUAUCAUCGUGAUAGUGAAUGGCCAAAUGUAACACACCUGACACCUUCUCAGAAAUUGGUUUGAAACAAUCAAUGGCACUACAUACAUUUGCUGUAAUUCCCAUAUCAGUGUGUGUCCUUACUGUAUCUCCUCCUCCUCCUGUGUGGUUAGGGCCGUGCCGUGCUCCACGUGGCUCUGAGGAACCGCUCCAACCAUCCCAUCAUGGUUGACGGACAUGAUGUGAUGCCUGAGGUCAACAAAGUCCUGGAGAAGAUGAAGGGCUUCUGCCACGUGAGUGGGAGCUGACUCAAGGGUCUCAAUUUCGUAGCAACCCCCCAAACCGCGUAGUGAGACCGUUUGUAUUUCCAGUUUGAAUAGUUACAGUACCGUUUAUACAUAGAAUUGCUAGCUAUCUCCCUGUGGUAGUCAAGGCAUACCAAAUUAAAUUUGACUGAAUUGUGUAGGCCACUUUUUUCAAUGGUCUACGCGUUUGUGUCUGGUGUAGAAAGUUCGCAGUGGCGAGUGGAAGGGCUGGACUGGAAAGUCCAUCACAGACGUUGUCAAUGUCGGCAUUGGUGGAUCUGACCUAGUAAGUACAGUUCUCAACCAUAUCAUUUGUUAAAGUGUCAAUAUAAUGUUUCACUAUUAGGUGUAAAAGCUACCUCUGCCAUCAUUGUGUAUUUGUUGUGUCUUCUUUGCCAGGGUCCUCUAAUGGUGACUGAGGCUCUGAAGAACUACUCCAAGGGAGGUCCCCGUGUGCAUUUUGUCUCCAACAUUGACGGCACACACAUCGCCAAAACCCUGGCUGAGCUCAAUGCUGAAACCACCCUCUUCAUCGUGGCCUCCAAGGUGCCUGCUUUUGGUUGUCUUUACCAUACCAGUGCAUUCACUGGUUUUAUUGUUUUCUCUGAACACUUGAGAGAGAGAUAUCCGUCUGCAAAAUUGGCAUAGAAAAUGUGCAAGAAAGACAUACACAUGAAUAAAAACACAUUGACAAAGAGCAAAGAAACUGUGCAGCUGAUAAUAUAUGGGAAAAAUCAUAAAGUUCCACUCGGCUUUAGCAGCAACAGUUGUUUGAUAUAAUGGAAGUUUCCAUUGAAACAAAGGGAUCAGGUGGUGCUGCAGGGCUGCAUGCCAUGUCGUGCCUUCUCACCUACGCCUCUGUAGAGUUACAGCCAAAGAUAUGUCUGAAUGGCUCUCCUACUGUCACCCAGCCUUGAGACUGGGUGGAGAGAGCAGUAUGAACUGCUAGGGAUUUAGUACUGUACACAGUAGCCUAAACACACAUUAGAAAUGCAAUGUCUUUUGUGUUACUGUAGUGAUCUAAUUGUCUGUCCCUUUUCAGACUUUCACCACCCAAGAGACCAUCACCAACGCAGAGUCUGCCAAGGAAUGGUUCAUUGAGCACGCUAAAGAUGUGGGUAGCCUUUUCACCUUUAGAAACAUACAGUGGGGAGAACAAGUAUUUGAUACACUGCUGAUUUUGCAGGUUUUCCUACUUACAAAGCAUGUAGAGGUCUGUAAUUUUUUAUCAUAGGUACACGUCAACUGUGAGAGACGGAAUCUAAAACAAAAAUCCAGAAAAUCACAUUAAUUAAUUAAGUAAUUAAUUUGCAUUUUAUUGCAUGACAUAAGUAUUUGAUCACCUACCAACCAGUAAGAAUUCCGGCUCUCACAGACCUGUUAGUUUUUCUUUAAGAAGCCCUCCUGUUCUCCACUCAUUACCUGUAUUAACUGCACCUGUUUGAACUUGUUACCUGUAUAAAAGACACCUGUCCACACACUCAAUCAAACAGACUCCAACCUCUCCAGACUAGAAAGCUGUGUAAUUGUAGACCUGCACAAGGCAGGGAUGGGCUACAGGACAAUAGGCAAGCAGCUUGGUGAGAAGGCAACAACUGUUGGCGCAAUUAUUAGAAAAUGGAAGAAGUUCAAGAUGACGGUCAAUCACCCUUGGUCUGGGGCUCCAUACAAGAUCUCACCUCGUGGGGCAUCAAUGAUCAUGAGGAAGGUGAGGGAUCAGCCCAGAACUAAACGGCAGGACCUGGUCAAUGACCUGAAGAGAGCUGGGACCACAGUCUCAAAGAAAACCAUUAGUAACACACUACGCCGUCAUGGAUUAAAAUCCUGGUCCCCCUGCUCAAGCCAGCGCAUGUCCAGGCCCGUCUGAAGUUUGCAAUGACCAUCUGGAUGAUCCAGAGGAGGAAUGGGAGAAGGUCAUUUGGUCUGAUGAGACAAAAAUAUAGCUUUUUGGUCUAAACUCCACUCGCCGUGUUUGGAGGAAGAAGAAGGAUGAGUACAACCCCAAGAACACCAUCCCAACCGUGAAGCAUGGAGGUGGAAACAUCAUUCUUUGGGGAUGCUUUUCUGCAAAGGGGACAGGACUACUGCACCGUAUUGAGGGGAGGAUGGAUGGGGCCAUGUAUCGCGAGAUCUUGGCCAACAACCUCCUUCCCUCAGUAAGAGCAUUGAAGAUGGGUCGUGGCUGGGUCUUCCAGCAUGACAACGACCCGAAACACACAGCCAGGGCAACUAAGGAGUGGCUCCGUAAGAAGCAUCUCAAGGUCCUAGAGUGGCCUAGCCAGUCUCCAGACCUGAACCCAAUAGAAAAUCUUUGGAGGGAGCUGAAAGUCCGUAUUGCCCAGCAACAGCCCCGAAACCUGAAGGAUCUGGAGAAGGUCUGUAUGGAGGAGUGGGCCAAAAUCCCUGCUGCAGUGUGUGCAAACCUGGUCAAGACCUACAGGAAAUGUAUGAUCUCUGUAAUUGCAAACAAAGGUUUCUGUACCAAAUAUUAAGUUCUGCUUUUCUGAUGUAUCAAAUACUUAUGUCAUGCAAUAAAAUGCAAAUGAAUUACUUAAAAAUCAUACAAUGUGAUUUUCUGGAUUUUUGUUUUAGAUUCUGUCUCUCACAAUUGAAGUGUACCUAUGAUAAAAAUGACAGACAAAGGAAAGGCGAAUGAAUUUUAUUACUGAAGAGGAAUGCAAAGUAUAUUAGAUUAAACAUUGUCUUCUUUACAGAAAUCUGCUGUUGCCAAGCACUUCGUGGCGCUCUCCACUGCCGGCGUAAGUUCUUAUCUUUGCAACACACCAUCAUAAAUGCAGUGAUAUGCUCUGCAUGUGUUGCUUUAAAAUAAAAUAAAAUAACAUUAUAAUUCUGUUCUUUCUAUCUCCUCUCUUCUGCAGCCCUUAGUGAAGGACUUUGGCAUUGAUCCUGACAACAUGUUUGGCUUCUGGGAUGUGAGUGCAUGUUAUCUGAUGAUGCAGAAUGUUGUGUGUGCAGUGCAUUGGGGGCAGCACAGUGCUCUUCCUGCAGUCACAGGCUUUUGACGGGGGGGGACUUAGGCAACAGCUAUAAAUAGCGUAAACUUCUGACCUGUGAAGUAGGUGCCUGGGCACACAGGCUGGCAGCUGUGGGGUAAUCAGAAGCCGCCCUCUCCAGCUCUGCCCUCAAAGAUUAUUAUAUGAUUGGUAGCGACCUUCUUCCUUGGAGAGGUUACUGUAAAGGCUGGGUCGCAUGAAAGGUCAGAAAGCUACAUUUAGUUACAUUGUUGGUAUUUAAAGGGUAAAGGCUCUAACAGGCCGUGCCCUUUCACGUCGGAGCAAAGAUGGCUGCUUGCACUCAGAAGUAAUAUGUAUAAAAGGUAGUGGUGUGUAUUCAUGCAUGCCAAGGGAAGACAGGCUUCCCCAAAAACCUUACCAAGAAAAAAUGGAAAAAAAAUAAUUUGCAAGAGGCUGAAUGUAUCUUACCGGAGAACGCAUCCGAGCAAACAAAACAACGCCCCUCUGUCUCAGUAUGUGUAGCGUAUCUAUCUGAUGCUGUCUGGUCAGAAAGAGUAUGACAUUGUUGCCACCCGUAGCAUUGAAUGCAAGGGAAGCAGCCUCCCUUGAUAAAAAUAAUAAUAAUAGCCAAUCAACGUUGAGCUAAACUGAGUGAGCUCAGCUGUGAAUGCUCCUGGCGCACCAAAUAAAGUGUCAAAGGAAGCCAGUUUGGAUUUGGCUUCAGACCAAUCACUUCAUAAGCCAAACAUCAUUAUUGACAGAAAGACAUUUGAAUUGUGGCAUCUCGUUGUGAUGUUGUCCUCUGGUGGCUAACUAGCUAGCUAAAAUCCUCUCUUUCCUAAAUUAGCCAUCGAUGGAGAUAGGGAUUUAGACUUGUGGUUUUACUUAAUUCUCCGUACUGGCCAAUUAUUAUAACGACAAUUCUGACCCGACCAUAAAUUCAUACAUUGUGCCCCUGGCCUGAGAGGAUGAAAGAUCAACAUGUAGCUAGAUGUAGUAUGGUAAUGUUAACUAGCUGGCCUGGCGUAUCGUUGCCCAUGAAAGGAAGUUAGGCUAGCGAGCAAGUAUUUUAGCCAGGUAGCCUAGGACAACAAAAACUAAAAGCGUGUACUGUAUGACAGAGUCAUAGACCGUUUAGGCAACAUGAAAGAGAGGAGGAUGGCAUUGGUGUUUCUCUACAAGUAGGGUGAGUCAAUAUGUUUUUUAUACUUGCACGCACACACACACCACACACACACCUACACACAGAAAUCAGUACCAUAGACAGCCACAUCAUAUUUAGGUUACGUUGAUUGGACUAAAUAGUUUUUGGUAUUUUUUAGUUGUCACCGUAUUAGACGAAGCAUAGGUGAUUAGAUGAUGUUGAAAUGGUGCUGGAAUAGUGGAGGCAGCUCCUGUUAUCUUUGCAACUUGUGGUAACUCUCUUUUUCUAAAUCAAUAGUUGUUGAGUAGUCCGAAAAUCUCAGAAACAUUACCUUGCUCGACCAUGCUGUAGGUCAUGUAACUGUUUGUUACAUGCAAUAUGUUUUGUGGACUUCACCGGACAGAUGUUGCUCUCUGGUUUUGUAAUGAAACAAAUGUGUGGUUGAAUCUAUUCUGCCACUGUGUCUUCUCAUUGUCUCGGCCUUAGGCCUAUAUACUGUAUCACGGUGUCCAGGCAUAUGAAUCAAAUCAAAUUUUAUUGGUCACAUACACAUAUUUACAGUGGCUUGCGAAAGUAUUUACCCCCCUUGGCAUUUUUCCUAUUUUGUUGCCUUACAACCUGGAAUUAAAAUUGAUUUUUUGGGGGGUUUGUAUCAUUUCAUUUACACAACAUGCCUACCACUUUGAAGAUGCAAAAUAUUUUUUCUUGUGAAACAAACAAGAAAUAAGACAAAAAAACGGAAAACUUGAGCGUGCAUAACUAUUAGCCUCCCCCCCCCCAAAGUCAAUACUUUGUAGAGCCACCUUUUGCAGCAAUUACAGCUGCAUGUCUCUUGGGGUAUGUCUCUAUAAGCUUGGCACAUCUAACCACUGGGAUUUUUGCCCAUUCUUCAAGGCAAAACUGCUCCAGCUCCUUCAAGUUGGAUGGGUUCCGCUGGUGUACAGUAAUCUUUAAGUCAUACCACAGAUUAUCAAUUGGAUUGAGGUCUGGGCUUUGACAAGGCCAUUCCAAGACCUUUAAAUGUUUCCCCUUAAACCACUCGAGUGUUGCUUUAGCUGUAUCCUUAGGGUCAUAGUCCUGCUGGAAGGUGAACCUCCGUCCCAGUCUAAAAUCUCUGGAAGACUGAAACAGGUUUCCCUCAAGAAUUUCCAUGUAUUUAGCGCCAUCCAUCAUUCCUUCAAUUCUGACCAGUUUCCCAGUUCCUGCCGAUGAAAAACAUCCCCACAGCAUGAUGCUGCCACCACCAUGCUUCACUGUGGGGAUGGUGUUCUCGGGGUGAUGAGAGGUGUUUGGUUUGCGCCAGACAUAGCGUUUUCCUUGAUGGCCAAAAAGCUCAAUUUUAGUCUCAUCUGACCAGAGUACCUUCUUCCAUAUGUUUGGGGAGUCUUCCACAUGCUUUUUGGCGAACACCAAACGUGUUUGCUUAAUUUUUUUUCAAGCAAUGUUUUUUUUCUGGCCACUCUUCCGUAAAACCCAGCUCCGUGGAGUGUAUGGCUUAAAGUGGUCCUAUGGACAGACACUCCAAUCUCCGCUGUGGAGCUUUGCAGCUCCUUCAUGGUUAUCUUUGGUCUCUUUGUUGCCUCUCUGAUUAAUGCCCUCCUUGCCUGGGCCGUGAGUUUUGGUGGGCGGCCCUGUUGGCAGGUUUGUUGUGGUGCCAUAUUCAUUCCAUUUUUUUAAUUCAUUCCAUUCCAUAUUUUUUUAGAACCCAACCUUGAUCUGUACUUCUCCACAACUUUGUCCCUGACCUGUUUGGAGAGCUCCUUGGUCUUCAUGGUGCCGCUUGCUUGGUGGUGUCCCUUGCUUAGUGGUGUUGCAGACUCUGGGGCCUUUCAGAACAGGUGUAUAUAUACUGAGAUCAUGUGACAGAUCAUGUGACACUUAGAUUGCACAAAGGUGGACUUUAUUUAACUAAUUAUAUGACUUCUGAAGGUAAUUGGUUGCACCAUAUCUUAUUUAGGGGCUUCAUAGCAAAGGGGGUGAAUACAUAUGCACGCACCACUUUUCUGUUAUUUAUUUUGUUGAAUUUUUUGAAACAAGUAAUUUUUUCAUUUCACUUCACCAAUUUGGACUAUUUUGUGUAUGUCCAUCACAUGAAAUCCAAAUAAAAAUCCAUUUAAAUUAAAGGUUGUAAUGCAACAAAAUAGGAAAAACGCCAAGGGGGAUGAAUAUUUUUGCAAGGCACUGUAGCAGAUGUUAUUGCGGGUGUAGCGAAAUGCUGCGCCAACAGUGCAGUAGUAUCUAACAAUUCACAACAAUACACACAAAUCUAAAAGUAAAAGAAUGGAAUUAAGAAAUAUGUAAAUAUUAGGACGAGCAAUGUCGGAGUGGCAUUGACUAAAAUACAGUAGAAUAGAAUACAGUAUAUACAUAUGAGAUGAGUAAAGCAGUAUGUAAACAUUAUUAAAGUGACUAGUGUUCCAUUAUUCAAGUGGCCAGUGAUUCCAUGUCUAUAGGGCAGCAGCCUCUAAGGUGCAGGGUUGAGUAACCGGGUGAUAGCCGGCUAGGGAUGGCUAUUUAACAGUGGCUAUUUUUACCUUCUCCACUGCGGUCCCGUCGAUGUGGAUAGGGGCGUGCUCCUUCUGCUGUUUCCUAAAGUCCACGAUCAGCUCCUUCAUUUGUUGACAUUGAUGGAGAGGUUAUUUGCCUGGCACCACUCCGCCAGGGCCCUCACCUCCUCCCUGUAGGCUGUCUUAUCAUUGUUGGUAAUCAGGCCUACUACUGUUGUGUCGUCUGCAAACUUGAUGAUUUGAGUUGGAGGCGUGCAUGGCCACGCAGUCAUGGGUGAACAGGGAGUACAGGAGGGGACUGAGCACGCACCCCUGAGGGGCCCCCGUGUUGAGGAUCAGUGCGGCAGAUGUGUUGUUACCUACCCUUACCACCUGGGGGCUGCCCGUCAGGAAGUCCAGGAUCCAGUUGCACAGGGCGGAGUUCAGACCCAGGGCCCCAAGCUUAAUGAUGAGCUUGGAGGGUACUAUGGUGUAGAAGGCUGAGCUAUAGUCAAUGAACAGCAUUCUUACAAAGGUAUUCCUCUUGUCCAGAUGGGAUAGGGUAGUGUGCAGUGCGAUGGCGAUUGCAUCGUCUGUGGAUCUAUUGGGGCGGUGCGCAAAUUGAAGUGGGUCUAGGGUGUCAGGUAAGGUAGAGGUGAUAUGAUCCAUAACUAGCCUCUCAAAGCACUUCAUGAUGACAGAAGUGAGUGCUACGGGGGCGAUAGUCAUUUAGUUCAGUUACCUUUGCUUUCUUGGGUACAGGAACAAUGGUGGACAUCUUGAAGCAAGUGGGGACAGCAGACUGGGAUAGUGAGAGAUUGAAUAUGUCCGUAAACACUCCUGCCAGCUGGUCUGCACAUGCUCUAAGGACGCGGCUUGGGAUGCCGUCUGGGCUGAGGGUUAACACGCUUAAAUGUCUUACUCACGUCGGCCACGGAGAAGGAGAGCCCACAGUCCACAGGAGUGGGCCGCGUCGGUAGCACUGUGUUAUCCUCAAAGCGGGCGAAGAAGGCGUCGGUGUCCACGACGUGGUUGGCUUUCCCUUUGUAAUCUGUAGACCCUGUCACAUAUGUCGCGUGUCUGAGCCAUUGAAUUGCGACUCCACUUUGUCUCUGUACUGACGUUUUGCCUGUUUGAUUGCCUUACGGAGGGAAUAACUACACUGUUUGUAUUCAACCAUAUUCCCAGUCACCUUGCCAUGGUUAAAUGCGGUGGUUCACGCUUUAAGGUUCGCGUGAAAACUGCCAUCUAUCCACAGUUUCUGAUUUGGGUAGGUUUUAAUAGUCACAGUGGGAAAACAACAUCCCCUAUACACUUCCUGAUGAACUCAGUCCGAGUGUAACCGGUGUGAAAUGGCUAGCUAGUUAGCGGUGCGCACUAAUAGCGUUUCAAUCGGUGACGUCACUCGCUCUGAGACCUUGAAGUAGUUGUUUCCCUUGCUCUGCAAGGGCCGCGGCUUUUGUGGAGCGACGGGUAACGGUGCUUCGAGGGUGACUGUUGUCGAUGUGUGCAGAGGGUCCCUGGUUCAAGCCCAGGUAGGGGCGAGGAGAGGGACGGAAGCAACACUGUUACAUGUGUAUACGUCAAUGUUAUUCUCAGAGGCUACCCGGAACAUAUCCCAGUCCGCGUGAUCAAAACAAUCUUGAAGCAUGGAUUCCGAUUGGUCAGACCAGUGUUGAAAUACCUUAGAAUGGGUACUUCCUGUUUGAGUUUCUUCCUAUAGGAAGGGAGGAGCAAAAUGGAGUCAUGAUCUGAUUUGCCGAAGGGAGGGCGGGGGAGGGCCUUGUAGGCAUCCCGGAAGGAGGAGUAGCAGCGUUCGAGUGUUUUACCAGAGCGAGUAAUGUGUUGAUAGAACUUCGGUAGCGUUAACAGAUUAUAGAGCAAACAACGCAAUUAUCACAACACAUAGGUUGUAAUAUGGCUUUUUUUCUGGGUUGGCUUCCCCAGUGAUUUUACCCAAGCACCACUGCUGAUAAAAGGUGGCAUUCACAUUGAAAAUAAUUAUGAGAAGUGAGAAUAUUUUGAAGUUGGACUGCCUUUUCAUAUAUAGGCCUACCUGGCUAUUUAUGACUUAUUACACACUGUGUUUAUUAUAUUAUUACCCAAAUGAGGUGCUGUGUAAUAUGGGGGAUUCAUUCUCUGCAGUGGGCUGAAAUGUGUCACCACAGAUAGAUAAGGGUUAAUGGUAAGGACAUUGAAGACAAUGGUAUGGAGUUUUUAGAGGCAGGGGGCCUCUUUCUGGGGCAAGCUGUAGGACCGUGAGUUUGGGCACAGUUCCCUGUCUCUGUGUCACAUUCAAUUACGUAAGCUUCAGAGUGCUCUGAGGUUUCUGAAUCUUCUCAGGACAUCCCCAGACACCAAUUAUUAUAAAAUACAUAGGCGCUUGUAACGCCAGGGUAGUGGGUUCGAUCCCCGGGACUACCCAUAUGUAAAAAUGUAUGCACACAUGACUGUAAGUCGCUUUGGAUAAAAGCGUCUGCUAAAUGGCAUAUUAUUAUUAUUAUUAUUAGAAUGCACAGCACUGAAAUAGUAAAGUGAUUUGAGUAAUUAUGAUUAAGCUCAUGAAAUGUUUGUUGAUAUCGCGCAAGUUUCUAACCAGAUUGUUGUUGUUUUUUAGUGGGUUGGUGGACGUUAUUCCUUGUGGUCUUGCAUUGGAUUGUCCAUUGCUCUGCACAUCGGUAUGUACAUUAUGUUAUAGGUUUAUUCUCCCAGUUUAGAUAUUCUAAUGCUUUGAUCAGCUGCCUGUACUCCAGCUGAGUAGAAUAACCUUUGUAAUCAGUUGUUAAAAGGAGAUAUUUGAAGUAUAACUUAAAGCCUCUGGUCUUUUCUUUCUCCCCAGGCUAUGACAACUUUGAGAAGCUUCUUGAAGGGGCUCACUGGAUGGUAAGUACAGCCACUUCUUCUCACUGUCCAAAGACUUGGAAACGUUUCUAUUGGUCAGAUGAAUACGUGUGAGUUGACCCCCUCUUGUUCCUGUAGGACAACCAUUUCAAAACAGCCCCUGUGGAGAAGAACGCUCCCAUGCUCCUGGCUAUGCUGGGUGUCUGGUACAUCAACUUCUUCCAGGCCGAGACCCACGCCAUGCUGCCUUAUGACCAGUACAUGCACCGCUUCGCUGCCUACUUCCAGCAGGUCUGUCAGUGACUACCCGGGUUAAGAGCCUUUACCAGGGUUAAGAGUCACUACCACGGUUAAGACAUAACUGAGUGUAACAUAAGUAAACAGCCAAAGCAAAACACACUGAGGAAUGUGUUCAAUCUACUUUGGCAAAUUACUAUAAAUACUAUAAAAACCUAUACACCCACUCCUUGCCCUGAAGGUAGGCUGUGGUCGUAUAUUGUCAGGCUUGUAUUGAUCAAAUGGAAAUGUGUUUUACUGUGCAUACUAAGUCAAGGUUAGAAAGCCUGAUGAUAAUGUUGUUUUAGUAUGAGUUUAAAUUGAACUGAAACCGAACACUGAAGAUGUUAAAUUAAUGUCUGUAGGGUGACAUGGAGUCCAAUGGAAAGUACAUCACUAUCCAUGGCAAACGUGUCAACUACCAUACCGGCCCCAUUGUAUGGGGAGAGCCUGGCACCAACGGACAGCACGCCUUCUACCAGCUCAUUCACCAAGGUACUGCCUCCUUAAAGUAACUGUCCAGUUAAAAUCUGACAUUUGAAAGUUAAUAUUCUCUUAACUCAUACCCAGAUAAUUUUGUUGACUGGUCCUAUACUUGUAUUUGUGGCCAAAACAUACAUUUUAGAAGAAAAACACCCCCACCUCAAACAGCCCGUUUAAAAAAUGCUUGCUAUUUCCUCAUAGAGCAUGAUGUCAUGUUGGCUCAUUGGCUGAGCUGGCCAAUCAGCGGUCUACUCGCAUUCAUAUUUUUGACCGGUAUUCGCCCACACCAUUCUGUUGUUGGGGUACGCCCACACCAUUGCGACACAGAAAAGCUUUUUAACAUACGCAAUUACCAUUUUUUUAAGGAAAACUAUUGAACUCAUAUUGUCACUAAUUAUAGGUCAUAUUUCAUAGAGUUCUGGAAACAAUGGACAUUACGUCUAAGGAAAAACAUUAACCCCUUUCUUGUCUUGGACUAACUAAGUUUGGAGUAAUGAGUUUAUAGGGCCAUAAGCUCUUCAACAUAUUGAUUAAUGUUCAGCUGAAAUGGAUGAGUAUGUACAGUUGAAGUCGGAAGUUUACAUACACUUAGGUUGGAGUCAUUAAAACUUGUUUUUCAACCACUCCACAAAUUUCUUGUUAACAAACUAUAGUUUUGGCAAGUCGGUUAGGACAUCUACUUUGUGUAUGACACAAGUCAUUUUUCCAACAAUUGUUUACAGAUAGAUUAUUUCACUUAUAAUUCACUGUAUCACAAUUCCAGUGGGUCAGAAGUUUACAUACACUAAGUUGACUGUGCCUUUAAACAGCUUGGAAAAUUCCAGAAAAUGAUGUCAUGGCUUUAGAAGCUUCUGAUAGGCUAAUUGACAUCAUUUGAGUCAAUUGGAGGUGUACCUGUGGAUGUAUUUCAAGGCCUACCUUCAAACUCAGUGCCUCUUUGCUUGACAUCAUGGGAAAAUCAAAAGAAAUCAGCCAAGAAAAAAUUGUAGACCUCCACAAGUCUGGUUCAUCCUUGGGAGCAAUUUCCAAAUGCCUGAAGGUAACACGUUCAAACAAUAAUACGCAAGUAUAAACACCAUGGGACCACGCAGCCGUCAUACCGCUCAGGAAGGAGACGUGUUCUGUCUCCUAGAGAUGAACGUACUUUGGUGCGAAAAGUGCAAAUCAAUCCCAGAACAACAGCAAAGGACCUUGUGAAGAUGCUGGAGGAAACGGGUACAAAAGUAUCUAUAUCCACAGUAAAACGAGUCCUAUAUUUGACAUUUAAGUCAUUUAGCAGACGCUCUUAUCCAGAGCGACUUACAAAUUGGUGCAUUCAACUUAGGAUAGCCAGUGGGACAACCAUAUCUUGAUCACAGUAAGUACACUUCUUCAAACAAGCAGCUGUGAGCAAAGUCAGUGCAAUCAGGGACAACUACAUCUCGAUCACUAUAUCGACAUAAACUGAAAGGCCGCUCAGCAAGGAAGAAGCCACUGCUCUAAAACCGCCAUAAAAAAGCCAGACUACGGUUUGCAACUGCACAUGGGGACAAAGAUCAUACUUUUUGGAGAAAUGUCCUCUGGUCUGAUGAAACAAAAAUAGAACUGUUUGGCCAUAAUGACCAUUGUUAUGUUUGGAGGAAAAAGGGGGUAGCUUGCAAGCCGAAGAACACCAUCCCAACCGUGAAGGACGGGGGUGGCAGCAUCAUGCUGUGGGGGUGCUUUGCUGCAGGAGGGACUGGUGCACUUCACAAAAUAGAUGGCAUCAUGAGGAAGGAAAAUUAUGUGGAUAUAUUGAAGCAACAUCUCAAGACAUCAGUCAGGAAGUUAAAGCUUGGUCGCAAAUGGGUCUUCCAAAUGGACAAUGACCCCAAGCAUACUUCCAAAGUUGUGGCAAAAUGGCUUAAGGACAACAAAGUCAAGGUAUUGGAGUGGCCAUCACAAAGCCCUGACCUCAAUCCUAUAGAAAAUUUGUGGGCAGAACUGAAAAAGCGUGUGCGAGCAAGGAGGCCUUCAAACCUGACUCAGUUACACCAGCUUUGUCAGGUGGAAUGGGCCAAAAUUCACCCAACUUAUUGUGGGAAGCUUGUGGAAGGCUACCCGAAACGUUUGACCCAAGUUAAACAAUUUAAAGGCAAUGCUACCAAAUACUAAUUGAGUGUAUGUAAACUUCUAACCCACUGGGAAUGUGAUGAAAGAAAUAAAAGCUGAAAUAAAUCAUUCUCGCUACUAUUAUUCUGACAUUUCACAUCCUUAAAAUAAAGUGGUGAUCCUAACUGACCUAAAACAGGGAAUUUUUACUAGGAUUAAAUGUCAGGAAUUGUGAAAAACUGAGUUUAAAUGUAUUUGGCUAAGGUGUAUGUAAACUUCCGACUUCAACUGUAUGUAAUGGAAGAGUAAUAUGUGAUAUGUGACUGCUCUGUCCUCCACAGGAACUCGCAUGGUCCCCGCUGACUUCCUCAUCCCUGCCCAGACACAACACCCCAUCAGGGAAAGUAAGCACCAUAAGGUAAACUACCCCUACAGGACACAUAUUCCAGCACUACCAACCCCCUGGGCACAAACUGGUUGAAUCAACAUUGUUUCAAUGUAAUUUGUCAACGUAUUGUGACGUGUAAUCUACAUGUAAAGUACAUUGGAUUUGGAAAAAAGUCAUCAACUAUUGUUUUGAGAGUGAAAUUUCAAACACAGGAUUAUGUCAUCAUGGUAACCAAAUUUCAACAUAGACAAACUUUGUCUAAAAUAUGUUGAACCUUUAAAACAACGUCAGAUCUUCAACGUUAUAUCCACUAUCAGAAGAAAAAAACUAUAGGCUGGGCAGCACCUCCUACUGGAGAAUGUAUCUAUCUACAGCUACCCUUUGGUCUCCCAUCCAGGGUUUUAACUAAGCCCAGCACUGCUUAGCUAUUACAUUUGUUACUGACGAUUACCAAUGUGAUAUUGUGAGAAUGAUUGUUGAGAGCUCUCCACUUAAAAACUAAUUAGAUUCACUCUUGCUAUCGAAGUCAUUCCAAAGGGUAGGUUUAACAGAGCAAAUUAAAUGUGACCGUACUUUAUCACUCAUAUAUCAUCAAUGAUGCUAUUUAGGCCUAUAUAGCAUUUGCAAAGUCAUCGACAGCUGUUGUUUCAAUUCAACCCAGAAUUCAACUAACAAUAGACAAUACAAUAGACAUUGGGUUUCAAGCUCUGGUUGAUUUAAAAUGUAAUGAUGAUUAGUGAUAUUGAAUUGUCUUUGGUUGUCAACGCUUCCAACAUUUGAAGGAGAUGUAUCUUCUGCUUGGAUAGUUCCAUCUGUGCAAUUGACUUAGUCUGGCUUGUAUACAAAUGAAUAAUUGAUAUGUUGGAUUCACGUCUCCAUCUCAACCAAAAAUCUAAGUUAAAGAAUAGGACUAAAUCAAAUCAAACUUUAUUUAAAGUGCAUUUAAAGUUUGAAUUUAUUUUAUUUAGUUCUAUUAAUUAAUUUAGAUUUUUGGUUGAGAUGGAGAUGUAAUCCAGCAUAUCAAUUAUUAAUUUGUAGAUAAACUAGAAUUAAAGCCAGACUAAGUCAGUGGCACAGAUGGAACUAUCCAAGCUGAAGAUAAAUCUCCUUGACAACCAAACACAAUUCUAUAUCACUUUUGACAUACAAUAAAUACAGUAGCCUAUUAUUAACUUUUCAACAAGUUAACAAAUUAUAUGUUGGAUUCCCAUCUCCAGCUCAGCCAAAAGUUAAAGAAUGGGAUUAAGCCAAUGGCUCAGAUGGAACUAUCCAAGCAGUAGAUACAUCUCCUUUAAAUAUUGAUAUUUGGUUGCAUUGUCAACCAAGCACAAUUCAAUAUUACUUUUGUAUUAUAGUAAAUAACCUAAAGUUAAGGCUUUCUUACAAACUAAUGUAACAUUCAACCUUAAAAUGAGUAACACAUCUAUGGCCACAUUAUGAGGUUACUGUAACUAUACAUUUCUUCUUACUGUACAGUAUGUAAUCAUAUAAAGCAUGCAUGUUGCUGUAAUAAUCUGUAUAUAGAAUCUCAAACGGCAUUGAUCACUUGCACCAUGUACUUUUAAUAUAGUCUCAACUUCAAUCCAGGCCAUUUGGUUCUGCUAUUAAUGAAACACAGUGCUAACACAUUAAUCUGUUGUAUAAAUAAACAAUAUAUCUGUCAUUGUAUUCCCAUUUGAACUUUGCUCUGCUUUUAAAUGGUUCAAGCAGUGAUAGACAUUUGGGUGACAACGAAACCAAAAAUCAGACAUUGUUUUUCCUUUGGAAUUUGGUUGUGCUUUUAUAUAGAUGGUUGAAAGCAUAGUGAUAACACUUUGGAAAUUCAACAAACUUCUGGCUGUUUUUUUUAGUGGGUGAAUAUAGGUUAUAAUCUAAUUGAUCAACAUGUCAACCAAAUAUUACCCAAUUAUCCACACUGAAAUGACGUGGUGUAUGUGGGAAUGAUCUGGGAGUAAAUAACUUCACAUUCAGUGACAGAGCUAAUCAUUCAGUUAUUCAAGUGAUGCCUACUUUUACUGUCUAUCUGACAAAAGAGCCUAUGCAUUGUUUCAUGCUGUGUGAUACCAGGGAUAAUGCACAGGGGUAAUGGGGUAAUGCCUUACCUGUUGUAUCCUCUGUGUCUGUAGAUCCUGAUGGCCAACUUCCUGGCCCAGACUGAGGCUCUGAUGAAAGGAAAGACCACAGAGGAGGCUAGGAAGGAACUGGAGGCCGGCGGCCUGACAGGAGAGGCCCUGGAAACCAUUCUGCCACACAAAGUGAGUGGGAGCAGAUCACUCAUGGCGCAAGUCCACUGCAGCCCCGGUCCGGCCUAAGACUUUCUAUGGGCUUAAACUCUGGUGUUAUACUAGGGAGAUUGUGUGUCCAUUGCUAGGGCAGACACUGUCACUCCUAUAGGGACGUGCGUCCUCCUAGUGGACAAAAUAAGUUUUGCAUCAGGAUGGAAGAAACUUCAAAUGGGGUGCAACACUGUAUAAUUACUAGUAUGUAAUAACUGUCUUACAACAGGUUGUGUGAUUAUAAAAUGUUUCCUCUUGUUCUGAUGUCAGGUAUUCCAAGGAAACAAGCCAACUAACUCUAUUGUCUUCAAGAAGCUGAACCCAUUCACACUGGGAGCACUUAUUGGUAAGAGCUGAAUAUGGGCCUGUGAACCAACAACCAAUGAUAUCUGAAAUAUUUAUCAUAAUAAUGUAUUUACUUGUUAUGCUCCCAGUAACAAUGUCUGGUGUUGUUGUUUGUUUUACAGCCAUGUAUGAACACAAGAUCUUUGUCCAGGGUGUUAUGUGGGAGAUCAACAGUUUUGACCAGUGGGGGUAAGUGUGACUAUUUGAAACCAAGCUCCUCGAUAAUGUGUAAUCUAAGACAGAUUACAGACAGAGCCUAUGUCCUAUGAAAUUGUACCAAACAAUGUUUAAUUGACAUUCUAUUCUGUCCACUCUGGUGAGUUUUCUGGUGACAUUCUAUUCUAUUCUGUCCACUAUUCUCCCUCCCUCCCUCCCUCCCUCCCUCCCUCCCUCCCUCCCUCCCUCCCUCCCUCCAUAACAGAGUUGAGCUGGGUAAGGCUCUGUGUAAGAAGAUCGAGCCUGAGCUGCAUGGCUCCAACGAGGUUCACUCUCACGACUCCUCCACCAAUGGGCUCAUUAACUUUAUCAAGAAGAACCACGCCUAACCUGCCCACCACCAUCAUCCAUCCUCCCUGUCCUGUCCCCCUGCUGAUGGGGGUGUCUGGGCUGUAGUGAAGAUAGACUCGCUGAAGCAUCUGUCACCUCCACACAGAGGAGCAGAAGCACUUUCUAUGUCUGUAAUCAUCUGUCUGUGUCCUGUAUGUUUGUUGUGCCAUCGGACUGUAUUUUACGUACCGUUGUAUGUUGAUGAGUUUACCACUGUAAAGGGGAACGCUACUGUAGAGUAAGCCUGUGGAAGGGUGUGUAAACUAUAUCCCAGACUAUCCCACUCCAUUGAUGGGGAGUGUGGCUGUUAAUAAACAUCUUUACACCAA